GAGGGGUAAUCUUUCUUCCGACCAAAAUGCUGACCAAGUUUGAGACCAAAUCUGCACGAGUCAAAGGGCUAAGUUUCCACGCCAAGCGUCCCUGGAUCCUUGCCAGCCUGCACAAUGGGGUGAUCCAGCUCUGGGACUACCGCAUGUGCACCCUGAUAGACAAGUUCGACGAGCAUGACGGCCCUGUACGAGGCAUCGAUUUCCACAAGCAGCAACCCCUCUUUGUUUCUGGUGGGGAUGACUACAAGAUUAAGGUCUGGAACUACAAGCUGAGGCGCUGCCUCUUCACGUUGCUGGGACACCUGGAUUACAUCCGCACCACCUUCUUCCACCACGAGUAUCCCUGGAUCCUGAGUGCCUCGGACGACCAGACCAUCCGGAUUUGGAACUGGCAGUCGCGGACCUGUGUGUGUGUGCUCACUGGACAUAAUCACUACGUGAUGUGCGCCCAGUUCCAUCCCUCCGAGGACCUGGUGGUCUCAGCGAGCCUGGACCAGACCGUCCGGGUCUGGGACAUUUCUGGUCUGAGGAAGAAGAACCUUUCCCCGGGAGCAGUGGAGAGCGAUGUCCGCGGGAUCUCGGGCGUUGACUUGUUCGGGACCACCGAUGCCGUCGUCAAGCACGUUCUUGAGGGCCACGAUCGAGGAGUAAACUGGGCGACCUUUCACCCCACCAUGCCCCUGAUUGUUUCGGGUGCGGAUGACCGACAGGUGAAGAUCUGGCGAAUGAAUGAUUCCAAGGCCUGGGAGGUGGACACAUGCCGUGGCCACUACAACAAUGUUUCCUGCGCUGCCUUCCACCCCCGCCAGGAGCUGAUCCUGAGCAACUCCGAGGACAAGAGCAUCCGCGUCUGGGACAUGUCCAAGAGAACCGGAGUGCAGACAUUCCGUCGAGACCACGAUCGUUUCUGGGUGCUGGGGGCCCACCCGAACCUCAACUUAUUUGCUGCGGGCCAUGACAGUGGGAUGAUUGUGUUCAAACUUGAGCGAGAGAGGCCAGCAUACGCCGUGCAUGGAAACGCCCUGUUUUACGUCAAGGAUCGGUUCCUGCGGCAACUUGAUUUCCACAGCUCCAAGGACGUGGCAGUAAUGCAGCUACGCAGUGGCUCCAAGUUUCCAGUCUUCAGUAUGUCCUACAACCCAGCAGAGAAUGCUGUCCUCUUGUGCACGCGAGCCAGCAAUUUGGAGAACAGCACGUACGAUCUCUACAGCAUUCCCAAGGACUCCGACUCCCAGAAUCCUGACGCUCCCGAGGGGAAGCGCUCCUCCGGUCUGACUGCCGUCUGGGUGGCUCGGAAUCGCUUUGCCGUCUUGGACCGGAUGCACUCGAUCCUGAUUAAAAAUCUGAAGAACGAGAUCACCAAGAAGGUGCAGGUGCCGAACUGUGAUGAGAUCUUCUACGCAGGCACCGGGAACCUGCUGCUGAGAGACACCGACUCCAUCACCCUGUUCGAUGUCCAGCAGAAGAGGUCACUCAGCUCGGUCAAGAUCUGCAAAGUGAAGUACGUGGUGUGGUCUGGGGACAUGACCCACGUGGCUCUCCUGUCCAAGCACGCCAUCAUGAUCUGCAACCGCAAGCUGGAAUCUCUCUGCAGCAUCCACGAGAACAUCAGAGUGAAGAGCGGUGCCUGGGACGAGAGCGGAGUCUUCAUCUACACCACAAGCAACCACAUCAAAUACGCACUCAUCUCUGGGGACCACGGGAUCAUCAGGACCCUGGACCUCCCGAUCUACGUCACUAGGGUUAAGGGCAACAGUGUCUACUGCCUGGACAGGGACUGUCGUCCGCGGGUCCUGACCAUCGACCCCACUGAGUUCAAGUUCAAGCUGGCUCUGGUCAACCGCAAGUACGACGAGGUCCUGCACAUGGUUCGGAACGCCAAGCUGGUGGGACAGUCCAUCAUUGCCUACCUGCAGAAGAAGGGUUACCCGGAGGUGGCACUGCACUUCGUCAAGGACGAGAAAACCAGAUUCAGCCUGGCUCUGGAGUGCGGGAAUAUCGAGAUCGCCCUGGACGCAGCGAAGGCGUUGGACGAGAAGGGGUGCUGGGAGAAGCUGGGUGAGCUGGCCCUGCUACAGGGCAACCACCAAAUCGUGGAGAUGUGCUACCAGCGCACCAAGAACUUUGACAAGCUCUCCUUCCUCUACCUCAUCACCGGCAACCUGGAGAAGCUGCGCAAGAUGAUGAAGAUCGCUGAGAUCCGCAAGGACAUGAGUGGACAUUACCAGAACGCCCUGUACCUGGGUGACGUGGGAGAGCGGGUUCGCAUCCUGAAGAACUGUGGACAGAAGUCACUGGCCUACCUGACUGCAGCUACGCAUGGAUUGGACGAGGAGGCGGAGGCCCUGAGGGCGACCUUCGACCUGGAGAAGGAAACGGUGCCGGAGAUUGACCCCCACGCCCAGCUGCUGCAGCCCCCGCCCCCCGUCAUGCCUCUGGACACUAACUGGCCACUGCUCACAGUCUCCAAGGGCUACUUCGAGGGGAGCAUGGCCGGGAGAGGCAAGGGAGGCCAGCUCGCCAUUGACCAGCUGGCCAUGGAGAGUUCCGGAACAGGCGGCUGGGAGGAGGACACCGAGCUCCUGCUGGACGAGGAUGGCUUUGUGGAUGCUGGCGAUGGAUUUGGAGAGGAGGCAGCCAAGGCCACUGAGGAAGGAGGAGGCUGGGACGUGGAGGAGGAUCUGGACUUGCCUCCCGAACUGGAACUCAGUGGGAGUGGAGGAGGACCCUCGGAUGGAUUCUUUGUCUCACCCUCCCGAGGGAGCAGCCCUGCGCAGGUUUGGUGCAAUAACUCCCAGCUGCCAGCCGAUCACCUUGUGGCAGGAUCCUUCGAGACCGCGGCUCGGUUGCUUCAUGACCAGGUUGGGGUCACAAACUUCGGCCCCCUCAAAAGUCUCUUCCUGCAGUCGUUCGCCCGUGGCUGCUCCGUGUUCCAGGCCCUGCCAUGCCUGCCUGCCAUGUACGGGUACCCCCAGCGCAACUGGAAGGAGGCGGGCCUGAAGAACGGGCUGCCGGCCGUGGGGCUGAAGCUGGCCGACCUGAUCCAGCGGCUGCAGCUGUGCUACCAGCUGACCACCGCUGGCAAGUUCGAGGAGGCCGUCGAGAGGUUCCGAGCCAUCCUGCUCAGUGUACCCCUGCUGGUGGUGGAGAGCAAGCAGGAAAUCGCCGAGGCCCAGCAGCUGAUCACCAUCUGCCGGGAAUACAUCGUGGGCCUCAGCAUGGAGAGCGAGCGCAAGAGGCUGCCCAAGGACACACUGGAGCAGCAGAAGAGGAUCUGUGAGAUGGCUGCCUACUUCACCCACUGCAACCUCCAACCGGUACACAUGAUCCUGGUGCUCAGGACUGCUGUCAACCUCUUCUUCAAGCUGAAGAACUUCAAGACCGCGGCCUCGUUCGCCGGAAGGCUCCUGGAGCUCGGCCCCAAGCCUGAAGUGGGACAACAGACACGCAAGAUCCUAGCCGCUUGCGAGAAGACGCCUACCGAUGCCCAUCAGCUCAACUAUGACAUGCAUAACCCCUUCGAUGUCUGUGCUGCGACGUACAAACCCAUCUACAGGGGAAAGCCAGUUGAAAAGUGCCCGCUGAGUGGAGCCUGCUACAGCCCGGAGUUCAAGGGUCAGAUCUGCAGAGUGACCAUGGUGACUGAAAUUGGUAAGGAUGUGAUCGGUCUCCGUAUCAGCUCUCUGCAGUUCCGCUGAGCUCCCCAAGUGUUGAUCGUUUCUCCUGCACCCAGCAUUUGCAGUUGCUCGCUACCUGAUAUGUUUGCAAUUUUCAUGUGUUGCUCUCUGUUUCUGUAAAACUAAUAUUUAGAAAUCGAUGUCUGCAGUUGCAUUCCAUGUCAUUUUGUAAUCCACCUCCAGGUUUCCCUGUCUCCCUCCACCCACUUCCUGGAUUUCUGACCACCCCAUUUCCAAUCCCUACCUAGGAAUACUGCUCCCAGAUUUCCAAACAACCUCUCACCCCCCAACCCCCCGUGUCCAAUUUCCACUUUUCCAGCUGUCUGCGUUUCAAAUCCUCGUCUUGUAUCUGGCUCCAGGUUUUCUGGCCUGCCUAUGCAUUGGAUCCAGCUUUUCUAAACCGACCCAGAGGACUUCACAACUGCAUGUGUUCUAAACCCCACACCCUCCGUAUUGUAGUCCUGUUCCUGGUCUUCUUGUCCCCCUACUCCCCCUAUUCCGAUUGUGAUUUUCUGGCUUUCCACCUCGCUCUUUCUGUACAGAGAUCUGUUCCUGGCCCAACUCCAGCUCCGUGUUCCCUGAUUCCGCUCCGGUGUGAUUCCUGGAUUUCCAGCUAGCUCUACAGCUCCGGCUCCUGUUGGACCAUUUCCGUGUUUUCCGGGCUCGCACUCCGUUCCAACUCACCCGACCGAUCCCAAAUCCAGAUUCCAGCGUGUCCCACCCGCGAUUUUGAGAUCCGGGCCAGGUUUUCCAGCGGAUCCUUUCACCCCCUUCGCUCCACUUCCAGGGCUGUACCCCCACCCCGGCUUUUCCAGCCCCCAGUGUGGUUGCAACAGCUUAAACUACCCCCCCCCCCCAAAGCUUAACAAGUCAAAAUAAAGUAUUAAUGCGGCA